AUGCAUUUUGUGAUCAUCCUAACAGUUUGUGCGUGGAAUGUUGUGUGUGGACAGGACAUUAAUGCUAUGGCAAACUUACCAAAAUACGAGUCUAGGUAUGACUAUUUAGAUGUAGAUGCAUUGUUUAAUAGCAAAAGAUUAGUGAGAAAUUAUGUGGACUGUCUAAUCAAUUCACAUCGCUGUACGCCGGAAGGAAAAGCUUUGAAACGACUACUUCCAGAAGCUUUAAGAACAAAAUGCAUACGGUGUACCGAGAGGCAGAAGAGGACAGCCGUUAAGAUAAUUAAAAGACUUAAAUACGAAUACCCCGAUGAGUGGUCUAAGCUGGAAUCGAGGUGGGAUCCAACUGGUGAUUUCACUAGAUACUUCGAGACCUUCUUGGCCAAUGAGCAAUUCAACACUAUUUCUGGAUCAGACGCUGAAAACGCACCGCUACCGCCAGCACCUCUACCAGAACCUAAUCUUCUAUCCGUGUUGCCCGCUGCGCCCGCUGCCUCCGCUGCGCCCGCUACGUCCGCUUCGCCCGCUACCACCAAGCCGACGCCCGUAACGCCCCAGACAGGGUCAACCACAACGCCAAUGCCGCUGCUACUUAACAGAUUCGCGGACGACGGUGACACUAGUCCGUCGUCAGCUGUAGCUACGCCGCGGCCUACCAUGUCACCUAUGACUACCCGGCCAACCACCAUGCGUUCAAGGCCAACCCCAGUGGAUUGGGCGGGAGUGACGGUUCCAGAUGCCAUCAUACCUACACGCUUUACACUCCGUCCAGUGUCAGACAUUCCCUUUGCGUACUCCACGGCUAUUACGCUCAUCGAUCAAAUUGGCAACAAAAUCAUCCGCACCACGGAGCUCGUGGCCGACUUGUUGAAGAGUACUGUGCGCGCUGUCGUCGGCUGA